AAGAUAUCCAGUUCAUAAAAUGGAGACAAACCUAGAUACAUCUGAAUCUGAGGAGUACGAGGAUGACUUGCUUAAAUUGGAGCAGGGUGACAUCCUGUGCUCUAGCACUAACGAUUACAUAGUGCAGGAAUUGUUGGGCAGCGGCUCCUUUGGAAACGUUGUGAAGGGUGUUAUAAGAGCAACCAACGAAAAUGUGGCAAUCAAAAUCUUGAAGGACCACCCACGUGUUGUUAAAUAUGCUAAGGCUGAGGUGGAAAUCCUCUCCCAGCUGAACAAGGAAAACCCAGACAAAUUUAACGUUGUUAAGCACUAUGAGUAUUUCCAACACAACGAUAACAUCUGCCUUGUGUUCGAGAUGUUAGAUAUCAGCCUAUACGACUUUAUUAAGAAACGCAACAAUAGGCCGCUUCCUGUGAGACACAUACGCCCUAUUGUGCAGCAGGUGGGCAAUGCACUGGAUAAACUAAAGAGUCUACAGAUAAUUCAUACCGACUUGAAGCCAGAGAAUAUCAUGUUGGUAAACACGUCCAAGUACCCAUUCAAGAUCAAGGUCAUAGACUUUGGUUGUGCCAUCCAUACAUCCAAGGUUCGAGUUCCAAGUUACAUACAAACAAGAUACUAUAGGUCCCCAGAAAUAAUAUUAGCAUUACCGUUCUCGGAGGCUAUCGACAUGUGGUCUGUGGGGUGUAUCAUGGCAGAGCUUUUUACAGGAUAUCCAUUGUAUCCUGGAUCAUCUGAGUAUGAUCAGAUCCGCUACAUCACUGAGACCCAGGGUUUGCCCCCUGAUAACAUGCUCAAUUUGGGAGCAAAGACCGAGGAUUACUUUAGAAACGACAGCGAAUGUGAGGUUUUAUUAUGGAGUUUAAAGAGUGAAAACCACUACGAAUAUGAGACUGGUAUUAGUCCAGUGGAAACAAGGAGAUAUGUCUUCAGCUCUCUUGAUGAUAUGAGGAAGGUACUUUUACCAUUAAAGUUGGUGAGCAGUGACACGCUGGUGGAGAUGGGAGACGUAUGGCAGUUUAUUGAUCUGCUGAAGGAAAUGCUUACUAUGGACCCAGACAAGAGAAUAACUCCGAUAGGCCUUCUCAGCCAUCCCUUCAUAACCAUGGCACAUCUCCAGCACUUUGCACGGAGUUCAUACGUAAAUCAUUGCUUCCAGGCCAUGGAGAUAAACAAAGAACAGGAGGUGUGUCCCGAGUCAGAGUCAUCGAAUGAAGAGGAAAAAGAGAAGGAUUACAACGAGAGACUUCUGGAACUUCAAUGUGCAGCUGAAGAUGUAAUGGUUUCUCCAGCUUGUGGGAUGGGGAUCAUUAUUCAUAACUCUAAUUAUAACGUGAACACAGACAGAGAACAGGAGGUGUGGCCUGAUCCUCCAGAAAUGGAGACAGAGUCAUCGAAUGAAGAGGAAAAAGAGAAGGAUUACAACGGGAGACUUCUGGAACUUCAAUGUGCAGCUGAAGAUGUAAUGGUUUCUCCAGCUUGUGGGAUGGGGAUCAUUAUUCAUAACUCUAAUUAUAACGUGAACACAGACAUAGAACAGGUGUGUUUCGAGUCUCCAGAAAUGGAGACAGAGUCAUCGAAUGAAGAGGAAAAAGAGAAGGAUUACAACGGGAGACUUCUGGAACUUCAAUGUGCAGCUGAAGAUGUAAUGGUUUCUCCAGCUCGUGGGAUGGGGAUCAUUAUUCAUAACUCUAAUUAUGACGUGAACACAGACAUAGAACAGGUGUGUUUCGAGUCUCCAGAAAUGGAGACAGAGUCAUCGAAUGAAGAGGAAAAAGAGAAGGAUUACAACGGGAGACUUCUGGAACUUCAAUGUGCAGCUGAAGAUGUAAUGGUUUCUCCAGCUUGUGGGAUGGGGAUCAUUAUUCAUAACUCUAAUUAUAACGUGAACACAGACAUAGAACAGGUGUGUUUCGAGUCUCCAGAAAUGGAGACAGAGUUAUCGAAUGAAGAGGAAAAAGAGAAGGAUUACAACGGGAGACUUCUGGAACUUGAGGUGUGUCCCGAGUCAGAGUCAUCGAAUGAAGAGGAAAAAGAGAAGGAUUACAACGAGAGACUUCUGGAACUUCAAUGUGCAGCUGAAGAUGUAAUGGUUUCUCCAGCUUGUGGGAUGGGGAUCAUUAUUCAUAACUCUAAUUAUAACGUGAACACAGACAUAGAACAGGAGGUGUGUCACGAGUCUCCAGAAAUUGAGACAGAGUCAUCGAAUGAAGAGGACAAGAAGGAACAGCUGAUAGAAGAAGAUUCUGGGAAGAAAGAAAAGGAAAAAAAGAAUGAUCGCAGCGAGAGACAUCUGGAACUUCAUACAUAUUCUAUCGCACUUGCAAAGCAAAUAGCUAGCCAAACUGAGGCUGAGCCCCUGGGAGCAUGUGAGAGUUCCCCAUCAGCACAGAUCGAGAUCCAAGACCAGCAUGCUCAAGAAGGACCUUUACUGGAAGAGUCAAGCGAAGCAGAAGAGAGCUGUGAAGUAGUUGCGGAGGAUAUGGAACCUGACACCCAGGAAAGACCACCUCAGUGCGGGAAGGAUACAUCGGAUGAAAACGAAAUCGAAAUCCUGAGUGAGUUUGAUGAAGGCGACAAAGUAGAGGAGGAGAAAAAAAAGAAAAAGAGGGGAUCCCGCAUGAGACGGUUGCUACGAGCCUUGUGCUGCUGCUUCCACAGAAAACCAAAGAAAUUGAAGGUGAACACACCUGAGACCUCAGAUGUCAUCAUAUAUCAAGUCCAUGGACUUUGCAAUUCGAGCAGAGAAAGCAGCACAGAGAGCGAAGCCGCAGCUUCCACCCACUCCUCCCUGCCAUCAGAGCGCAGUGCAGGUAUGCUGCGGAAAUGGAAAUGUGUCAACGACCUGUCUAAAAUAGGAAUGUGAAAACAAAAAACCUCUUCAUAAACAUCAAUAAAAUAUCAAGGCAUUCCAUCAAUAAGAAUCAAGAAUGUGGAAAACC